AUGGCCGGAAAUAACUCUGAAGCUGCAAAUCUAUCCGCCAGGAUCGCAAACUUUAGUAGGAGCCAGUUCAACCCAUAUAAUGAACCCAUGCCAACCAAAAGCAGCAAAUCCAAACGCAUAUGUGGCCCAAGUAGUCUAGUACGGCUGUUUGGUGCUCUACGACGAGUAUCAGCAUCUGUAUCCCCGAAACCAUUGAACUUAUUUCUCCCCUUUGGCCAAUACAUUCCAAAGGAAGAAGGAAUGGUAAAAGUAAAUCUCGAAUGCCAACAGCAUCCUAGACAGCAUCUACCGUGGAACCGCUAUCCCGUACAGGUUGUGCUAGUGGACAAACCAAAAGUAAUGGCACAAACCCGCACUGCCACACAACGAGACGAGAAGAAAAUAGAUAUCUCCAAGGAGGCUUUCGCAGUUUUGAAGACUAAACCAUUGGGAGCGUCUAUUGAAGAUCAUAUUCGUCACGUACGAAACAGACUGGCAUCACAAACUGAGCACCAAAAUAACACCAAUGUGCUGUUACCAUCGCCAAUUCCCACUGCUCAAGAGGGACACCAAGUCGACAUUGAUACAAGGUCUCUUGGGAUGUCAUUACAUGAGUCGCGGCAACGAUGUGUGGAGCUGGAACUAGAGCUUGCUACCCAUCGAAAUGCAUCUAAUCAAACUGGCGCCAAGAGAAGAAAAGUAAAGUCUGCUGCUGAUGAAGUCAAAGCUAGUGCUGCCGUGAAAGAAAACACAAAUCGUCAAGCUGUCGAGUUUCUCAUGGUAGUCGCCAAAUUUGCAGACUCGUUGCAAAACCCAACAGAUAAUGGAAUUCCAAAUCAAGAAACGAUUGUGGAUACUUGUGAAUCUGUAUUAAAGCUGCUGGAAGAUCAAUUAAAGACUCUAGUUGAGAAGCCAGUCAACCAAGACAUUCAAACAACUGGUGGAAACAGAUCAGUAGAUCUCAUCAAUUCCAUGCAUGCCAUUUUGAAGGGUGUUGCUUCAACCGCCACAUCAUCGAUACUCACCUCACCAAAUGCAAAACGAAUACGAGACUCUCAAAUCAAGCUUCUUGCAUCUGUUCCUCACUCUUUGGUUGUAGUUCACCAAGUCAAUGCUAAACCAACUCUAUCCUUGGAAGCGAUUUCAACAAAUCACCCACAACCUCCUGCUGCUGCUGCUGCACCAGGCAAUCCAACAGCAUCAACUGCAACUACAACUACUCUAGAACUGCCUUCAAAUUUGAUACAAAAUGGACUGAGUCAGAUUCUUUUGGAUGCUUGUGCUCAUCAUAGUGAUUUGGUUGUGUGUCUCAUUGAUUCACUCAGAACUGAAUUCGACCAAAUCAUGGUGCACAGUAAAGUGGGCAAACCAGUUACGAUUGAAGAGGUGUGGAUGCAUCGUAUUGAUAUGCAAACUGCUUGGAUGGUAGUGGAAUUGGUGACCAAGAUUCUGAAGAAAAUGAAGAUUGCAGCCAUGACAGUCAUCUCAUUAUCCUUCAUGCAAUUGGCAGCUACUCAGACUAUAAUGCAAAUCCUCAGCACCUACUCGGCUGCUGGUUCAGGAAAGGCAUAUACUCUCAACAACGUCACCCUUGCCUUGAGGGCUGACAGCUCUGCUCAGGCUUUGGUCUCGCAAGGUGGUUCAACCUUCUUUGCCCCAGUCGACUCGUCGUAUAUCCCUGCCGUUACUGGAUUGGGCGCCGUCGCUACCUCUGACUAUUUGCACGCUGCUUUGACUUACCAUACUCUCUUGAGUACUCAAUACAAUCCAACCCUCAAUGAAACAAACCCAUACAGUCUCUUGGAAACUGCCCUCAAAGCACCAUCAGCCUUUGUCAACUUGCCAAGUGGUGGACAAAAGAUUCUCGCCAUCAAGGGUGCCCCAACUAAACUCAAGUAUGGGCAACCUCUACAAGCUACUAUCUUGGAUACAUUUGUUGCUACUGAUGGUGUUGUCAACGUAAUUGAUUCCUUCAUGUUCCCACCUGCCCUUGCCUCCGUUGCUGCUGGUACGUUCGGCAACUCCAAGUUCGUAUCUGCCUUGAAUGCUACUGGCUUGACUUCAACUGUAAAUGGCUUGUCUGGUGUUACAAUCUUGGUCCCACAAGACGUUGCCUUCCAAGUAGCAGCUUCAACCUUGAAUGGAUACUCAACUGCCCAAACCACUACAUUGCUCAAUAAUCACAUUGUAAAGUCCAUUGUAUACAGUACUAGCAUUGUCUCUGGACAAUCUUUGAACACUGUUGGAGGUGGAAGCUUGAGCUUCUCUGGUACAUCUGGCUUGACAGUUACCGCCAACGGUGUUACUGCCAACGUAGUUACCUCAGAUAUUCCCAUUGCUGGUGGUGUAAUGCACAUAAUUGACACUGUCUUGUUUACCUCGUCUGGAUCGUCCAAUCCAAGCACUGGCACCAACGGUACUGCCAAGAGUGACGGCUCAAGAAUCUCAUCAGCAACUGGUCUAUCUUUGGCUGGUCUAGUUGCUGUUGCAGCUUUGGCUCUAUAA